AUGGCCGUCGGCGAACUCAUCUACAACGCCGAGCAUCGAGUGGUUGUGUGCCGGCCCUGCGGCACAUGCCUCGUUCCCGACGGACAACAGGGCCGAUGGGAGAACCACCUACGAAAGGAGCCGCACAGGCUGAAGGGGGACAGGCUGAAGCGCAUGCUGGAUGUGCUCUCGAAGUAUGAGCUGCGUGGGAGAGACGAGCUGAAGCGUCAGAGGCCGUCACGGCGGAGGCCCUGCGAGAAGAUCGCGGGGCUGGCGUCAUACGGAGGCUACCUCUGCGCAUGCGACGUCGAGAACUGCGACUUUGCCACGACGCGGCUCUCGCUGAUGCAUGACCAUAUGCCCAGGCACGGCAGGACGGCCUCGCAACACACGGGAGAGGGGCCCCUGUGGAGGUCAUGCACGCUGCAGACGUAUUUCACCGCGAGGCAGCUGGUCGACUACUUCGUCGUGGUCGAGCCGGGAGGUAUGGGGCAAGGGCAGGGUUCGGAUACGUCGGGCGAGGUUGUCGGUGGACUGGGCGACCCGCCACCCUCGUCGCCGGAGAGACGGAUGUUCGACGGGUUGAGGGAGGAUAUACGACAGGCAGAUCGCGACCUAGACGCAAAGGCGGCGGUCGUCGAGGACCCAGGCGAAGGCCGGGCGGAUCGGGAGCGGUGGCUGAUCUACACAGGGUUCCCAACGCACCUGCGAGGGCUUUCCGACGCGGAGAUCGAGUCGUCGUUCCGGCCACCCAAGUCGACGAACCCACUCCUGAAACAUCCGUCCGGGAGGGGAGGCGAGCUCAGCAGCACAGAUGACGACGACGACGACGACGACGACGAUGAUGGUGAUGGUGAUAGCGAUCAUGGUGGGGAUCGUUGCGAGAGGGACCUCCGACGCAUUCUCGAGGCGGCGGAUACCUGGUUAUGGAAGGCGAACGACCUGGUGGCCGACGGCUCCAUGCAGCGCAGAAUGACACACCAGCGUGCCCAGACGCUAAGCGACUUCGCGGCCGGCGCCGGCAAGAAAGGGAGAGACAUAGCCUUCCGGUGCUUCAAGAGAGCGCCGACGCUGGUGGCGUACUUUCGACGGAUGAAGGAGCUGCUCACAUACUACUAUCGGGUAGUAUACCGGGAGGACGGGCAUUUCACGCGCGGCACGGAGGCGCCGGCGCCGACGCUGCCGCGGGAUAUCAUCGAGCCUACGCAGAGGCAGCGGGACGCGAUGGAUGAGAUCCACAGGGCUCUUCGUAGGCAGGACGAGAAGGAGAAGGGGGUAGGAAAUGGGGACGGGGACGGGGACGGGGACGAUGAAGGGCUUGAGGCGGCGAUCCGAGAGUUCUACGUCGCGCUGAUAUGUCAGACGGUCGGCAGCGCCCACUUCAGGUCGCCAGUGAUCAGCUUCUGCGCCAUGCUCAGCCGAACCAAGCGAUUCAGCAGCGGCGCGAGAAGGGGCGGGUGGAAGGAUCGAGCCGCCAGGAACGGGACCGGCGACGACGAACUGGACGAGGCGGCGAGGCGGCGCAGGAAGCUCCGGUGCUGGCACGACCCGGGAAACUACAGCAGCACCCUGUCGGCCCUCAUAUGGUCGGCGCAGCUGGUCCUAUUCGAGUCGGUGUGCUUCCGAGAGCGGGAUGACGAGGACCGGAUCCCGGCCGCGCUGGCCCGGAUCUGCGAAGAGUUCAUGCACCAAAAGGGCGAGACGACGUUCGGGCACAUCCUGCAGUGGCGGCUAUAUCUCACAACGGUCGCCAGCUCGGCCGUCAGCCGACGUCAGGCGCUCUGGUCGCUAUGCGGCCAGCGGAUCGUCUACCUGGGGACCAGCCUGCACAUGGCGGAUGUGACGAAGCUGAUCGUGUCGGAAUACAGGCGCGCGCGUGCCCUGCUGUACGACGGGCUGCUGCUCGGAGCGGAGAGCAUAGGUGCCAUCGAGCCGUGGCGGCUGGUGGACGACCUGGAUGCGGAGGACUAUGGCGGCUCCUGGCUCACGGACGAGAGGAACGCCGACGUGCUGCGCGGCACGCGGGAUGCUCUCCUACGGCAGAUCGAGGGUAGGGCGGACCUUCGGCAGCUCUUCCUCUUCACGGGAGAGCGACGGAGCGGCCAACGAGACGGCAGACAGCCGGCGCCAUCCGGGCCUGGGGCGGCGAUGACCCUAUGCAGCCGGGCCAUGGCAGCGUACGAGGCAGAAGUCCAGGAGUUUCUCCAGUCGAUCAGCGCGCUCCUGUUUGUCUCCCCGAUGCCGCCGCUGCGAGCGUCCGAGUUCCUCUCCAUCACGGCCACCAACAGCGCGAGCCGGCGGCGCAGCAUGCUGCUGUGGGAGAGGGAGCUGAUGAUUCACGUCCGCUACCGAAAGACCGUGGAGCAGACGGGGAAGGACGGGGAUAACAUACGGUUCGUCCCGGCGGCCAUCUCGGAGCUCGUGCUCACGUUCCUGGCCGUGGUGCAGCCGCUGCGCCUCUGUUUCCUUCGGCAGGCAGAGCCCGGAGCUCUCCUAUCGCCCUACCUGUUCUCGAAAAUCGACGGGACGGUUUGGCGGGAUGAGAUGGUGUCGAGGUGCCUAAGCCGGGCGUGCGCGCGUGCCGAGGUGCCGGAGUUCAAGGUAGCGUGGUGGAGGCAGGUCGCGGCAUCCAUCACGAAGGAGAAGUUCACCGGACGAGAGCGGGCCAACUUUGACCUGGAGGAGCUCGACGAGCCGGAGGAGGCCAUCGAGGAGGAAGACCUGCUGGUGGAUCUGGCCGAGAGCAGCAACCACUCCUUCCGCACGUUCAACCACGCCUACGCCGGCUCUACUACCCUAGCCAUGAACACAAUCAUGCAUCGAGCACACCGAGCAUCGCUGAGCUGGCGUACCCUGUUCCGGGUAGACGAGGUUCUGGCGCGCGAGAUGGUUGCCGGUGGUGGCGGCGGCGGCGGCGGCCACAAACGACCAGGCUCGGCCGUCGAGAUGGGCAAAAUGGGCGCCAUGGGCGCCUGCAAGAAGGCACGAACCCACGCGGCGGAACAGGUUGUGGCCGUGCUAGCCACAGGCUCGGGCAAGACCCUGAUCGUCAUGGUCGCCGCCGUACUUGCGGGAGCGAAGACGACGAUACUGAUCCUCCCGACGUUGGCGCUCCGGACCAACAUGAUGGCGAGGUUCAGCAAGUUCGGUAUCAAGGCAAUGGAGUGGGCUCCGGGCGAGUUGAAAGCGGCACCACUAGUCGUCGUGUCGGCCGAGGCCGCAUGCACGAGCGGCUUCCUCGACUACGCCCACCGACUUGACGGCCAGCAGCGGCUGGACCGAAUCGUGGUCGACGAAUGCCAUCUCACCGUCACAGCCACCUUCCGCAAGAGCAUGACGCAGCUGGGCUCCUACGUGCGCCAGAUUCCGACACAGACCGUGUGGCUCACUGCCACCCUACCGCCGGCUUUCGAGGAGGCCUUCCUGCGGCGCAACCUCCUGGUGCGGCCGCGCAUGGUACGGGAGUCGACGAAUCGCGCCAACCUCCGGUACAGCAUCAUCCGGUACAGAGGCCCGGGUGGGCUGUGCGAUAGGGCCGCCGAACUGGUGCGGACCCUCCUGGCGGGCGAGAGCCGGGGCGGGAAAGGAGAGGGGGUGGCAGGGGCGGCGUGCGGCGACGACCAGCCGGCGAGGAUGAUUGUGUGCUGCCCCACGCUGGACCUCGUGGGCGAGCUGGCAGAGACGCUCGACUGUCCCAUGUAUACCGGGGAUCGCGAGACCACGAGCGGCGAGGAGAAGGAGGCGGCCAUCGAUCGAUGGCUGGGUCCCGCUGGCUCGCCGGUCAUCGUGGCAACGUCCGCACUCGGAGUCGGGUUUGACCACCCCAACGUGCGGUGGGUUGUGCAUGCCGGGGCCCCGCGGUGCAUGACGGAUUUCUCGCAGGAGUCGGGCCGGGCCGGCCGUGACGGAGGGCCUGCCCAGUCUGUCGUCUUGUUGAGCGCGGCGUGGCAGCCGCAUCCUCCUGCCGACCCGGACGAGGAGUCGAUGCAGCUCUAUCUCGCUCAGCAGCACUGCUUGCGGGCCGUGAUGAGCCAGUUCCUGGACCGGCCGGUCGACUGGAGAUGGUGCAUGGAGAACGAGGAGCUGUGUGGGGUAUGCCCCGAGCCCCACACGGAGCCCCGGCCUCCCGGACUCCCACUUACACCCGAAGCCACCUCAACAAGCGCGGUGCGGGAAGCCCAGGGCCCCUCCGAUCUGGCCAAGGUGGACAUCGGCCGCGCGGGCGACAUGGAAUACACAGGUCCGGGGGAGGUGCUUCAUCGAGCCAGGCUGGAUGAUGAGGUGCUGCGACGCUUCGAGGCCAGCCUCGAAGCCAUGCGUGGCUGCUGCCUCCUCUGCCGGGUGGAGGGUGGUAAGCCGUUUGAUCACGGCGCAGCGGCGUGCAGUCGGAGGCGGCUCUGGAUCGGGGCAAAGGCGAAGACCAUACGUACCUGUGCUGACGAGGGGAAGCCGUGGAUGGCCAAAUUUACGGCGUGCUUUAUCUGCUAUCUGCCCCAGACGAUAUGUAGCAGGGCGGACCCAGGGGCACGGGCCGAGGACGGAGAUAGUGCGGACACAUGUCGAUUCCGGGACAUGAUUAUGCCGCUGUGCUAUGGUGCCUUCUUUCGAGCCGGGCCGAGAGGGCUUAUCAAGAAGCACUUCCCGCGAAGGUUCCGCGAUAUUGACGACUAUAUGCGGUGGCUUGGUGAGCCAACAGAACUAGGGAGGACUCCUUGUAUACAGGCGAUACGAGUGGCGGAGAUGUUGCUAGGUGAGCUUCAGGGCGCGUGA